AUGAUCCAGUUGACAUUACCUCGUACAUUAGCGAUCAUUACUGCCAUUGUUAAUCAGUCCAUCAAAACAGGCGUUUUCCCUGACAUUUGGAAAAGAGCUCUGGUCAAACCAAUACCAAAGAAAAGCAAUCCGAAGGAGUUAAAGGAUCUCCGUCCCAUUAGUAUUCUUCCCUUUAUGUCUAAGAUAGUUGAAAAAGUUGUAUCUCAGCAACUUUUGGAGUUUCUGAAUGUCAACAACAUCUUACCUCAAAAACAGUCUGGUUUCAGAAACGGUCAUAGCACGGCUACUGCUUUAUUAGAUGUAGUGGAUGACGUACUAUCGGAAGCUGAUUCUGGAAAUGGAACAAUAUUGGUACUGCUGGACUUUUCCCGUGCUUUUGACACAAUAAACCACGAUUUGCUUAUGUCAAAACUCUCAUAUUAUGGAUUUGAUAGUAUCACAUUAAAAUGGUUUUCAAGUUUUUUGUACAGACGCUCUCAAAGAGUUGAAGUAAUUAGCAAAACAAAUACUAAAAGACUCUCAGAUAUUUCAAUUGUCAGUCAAGGUGUACCACAGGGUUCAAUACUGGGUCCACUCCUUUUUAUUCUGUAUAGUGCAGAUAUCGCUUCAUGCAUUAAAUAUUGCAAAUUUCAUGCUUAUGCUGAUGACUUUACAGCUUUACUAUUCUUUUAG